GAAUAAGAGAUUAAGCCGGAGAAGAAGAUAUUAAGCCGGAGAAGAAGAGAUUUACGCCGGAGAAGACGAGAUUUGAGUCGGUAUCUUUGUCUCCCCACCAAUAGAGACCUGUUGACUUUGUCCCCACCAGAAUUAGAGAGGCCUAGAGAACGAGACUGAAAUAAUUAGGGUUAGGGGUUUUGAUUUGGGAAUUUUUUUUUUAAAUUUUUUUUAAUUGGUUCUGUAUAUUAUAUAUUAAUUUAAUGUAUUACAGUUAGUUUUAAAAUUGUAUUUCGAAGGACUAAACUGGGAUUUUCAAAAUUAUUAGCUUAAUGAGACAAUUAUAGGUUGGGAUUAUUCUAUUAGGACAAUGUUUAUAUUUUUUUGCUCUAAAAAAACAAUUUUCCCUAUUUUGUUUUCUCCAUAAAUGUUGUGUCUAUUUCCUUAAUUCUCGAUCAUGAUAUCUUAUUGUUGUUCCCAGUAAUAAUGUGAUCCAAAGUGUUAGUAAUAUAUUCUUUUUGUUCCAGAAAGAUAAAUAUUUUUAAUUGUUUAAAAUACAGUUUUAUUUUAAGAUAUUUUUAGUAGUUAAUGAUGAUAAAUUACAAACUUAAAAAUUAAUUAUAUUUUUAAAUACUAUUACUCAGAAAUUAUUGAAAAAUGAUGAUACAGAAAAUAAUACUAUAUUAAAAAUUCAGUUUUACUAUAAUUCAGAUACAACCACUUAAACUAUAUUAUGGAAAAUUAGAAAAUACAAAUAAUUUUGAAAAUAUUGCUCCAUAUUCUCUCUUUUUUUUUAUAAAAAAAUAAGUUUUGAUUUUGACUUAUGAAGCACAAUUACUAAAAUCCAAAAUAAUGAUAAGUAUUUUUUUUUUGGGCAACAAAUAAUGUUUAGUAUAAAAGAUGCUCAAAUACAAGUCCACUUCUGUAAUUCAAUUUAAAUAACAAAAUAAAUUUACAAAUAUAAUAAGGUCCAGAAUUAAUAUUUAUAUUAUUUGAGUUUCAAGCUUGCAGGUUUCUGCGGGUUAUUCAAUCAUAUAUUAUACACUAAACACAUUGAGAUUUGUAUAAACUCUUCACUAGGUUUGGAAUACCUAAGUUAAACAAGAUUUUUCUCUUUUGAAAAAGUAUUAACCCCGUGCUUCAAAGCUUGAUUCAAAAGUUUGAAUUGAGUUUUGAAAAAAUAUCAUCCAAUUUAUAUGGGAUUUUAUCGGGUCAACCAAUAUUGGAUAGCAGGUUAAUGAUACUUUUUACGUUUUUACCGACUUUUAUCAGAUUUUUAUAUAUAAAGUUUUAACAAAAUUCAGACCAAAUUUAUAUGAAUCACCUGAUUUACUUCUGAGACUUUAGGUUUGGUUCGGGUAUGAAAAUACUGCUAAAACUAUUAAAAAUUCUAUAAUAUAUAUACUAUUAGAUUAGCCCAAAAUCUGCCAAGUAAAUUUUUUGUCUCAUCAACUCAACAAAUAUAACUCUUAAAAAUACACACAAAAUGCAACGAUGACGUUGUAAUAUAAGAAUACACAUAUAAAAUCUAAAAUAAACUAUUUGAUAAAUUAUAUAAUUUUAAACUAAAAUUCUUUUACUUUUUCGAUAUAAUAACACUUUAUAACUUAAUAAUAUACUUCAAACCAUCAAAAACAAAAUAAUAAUUCAAAUCAAACAAUAUUCUUAAUCGGAAAAAACUCGCGCUUCAAAAAGCGCGGGUCAAAAUCUAGUAAAACAUUAAAUGAAGAAACUCAACUAAGUUUUUGGCCUUACUAACUAACAGUAACAUAUAUGUUCACCACUCUUAAAAUAAAAUGGUUAAACCAUCAAUCAGCAGCGGUAGUAUAGUGGUAAGAAGAAGAACUUGAGAGGCAAGAUAUAAAUAAACCCAUCGAUUUUUUAUUCAAAUUUGGUCAGAAGCUUAGUUGAUAUUGUUUAGUUAAUAGAAUCAUAUUUUAAACUUCAUUAAAAAAAUUAGACUAGAGUAAGCGUUGAUAAGUUCUCUUUGAGAUUACUUUCGUCCCAGAUGUUUUAAAAAAAACUAUCAACCUUUUAGAAAAUAAUUAGAUGUUAUCAACCUUCUGUCAAACGAAAUAAUACAACAAGAAAAUGGGAAACAGUCAGUUCUAUAUAAACGUUGUCUUUCUCUCUGGAACAGUCACAGUCUCACAACUCCAAUAUUCAAGUAUCGCUCCUAUCUAUCUCUCGCUCAAUGGACGAAAGAAAUGCAGAAAGAGAAACUAAAGAUUUCAUGAACGUUGAAUCUUUCUCUCAACUUCCUUUCUUCCGUCGUCCUCCCUCCAAAGACAAGAACCCUAAACCCGUUCGUCUCUUCGGCAAAGAUUUCACCACUGGAGAAUACUCCGGUACCACCAGUCAACAAGACCACUCCGAGACCAAACACAAAGAAGAUGAAGAAGUAGCAGAAGACGACCAAACCGGAGAUAACGGUAAAGACAAUAGCAGAAGCAACAACAACAGGAGAUUCGAGUGUCACUAUUGUUUUAGAAACUUCCCUACUUCACAAGCCCUAGGUGGACACCAAAACGCUCACAAAAGAGAACGCCAGCUCGCCAAACGCGGUGCGUCCUCUUAUUUCCACCAUCCCGACGCUAAUCUAUAUGGUUACCGUCACUACCCGUCGUGGAGCAGCACAUCUUUACCGGCCGCUAGGUUCUAUGGAGGAAACAUUCCAGGUUCAGGACCGUCGUCCUCGUUUCACACACGGCCGAUCAAUGGGAGUCCAUUAGGACUAUGGCGUUCAUCUUCCAGCUUUAGAGGCGUUUAUAACCCAAACGCUGCGUUUACUAGUCAUGUCUCUUCUGAUAACUCAAUUUUAUCAUCCUUGGCUGGUUCUCAGCCGCAUCCACCGUUACAAGUGGGUGGCUCCGCAGCUCAGAACCGCAUGUCUUCAUACCGGUACGGUUUGAGUCCUAAUGUGCAAGAUCAUGUGAGUCUUGAUCUUAAUCUUUAACGUCACAGAAAAAAAAACUAUAAUAUCUAUUCCACACAUGUUUUAACCAGUUCAUUUAGUAAAAUUUAAGAAUGUUAUGAACUUUUAGAGAAAGAAAAACUGGUAGGUAUGUGAAUGAGAAAAUGUACGAUGUGUGGAUCUUACGUACGUUAACGUAAUUUAUUUCGUUAACAUUUGAUGAUGUUUCUGAUGCUCAUCACUCAUAUAUAAUAAGAACUCAAUUAUAUGUUUUUUUUUCCAA